UGCAAUGGAGUUAAAAGAAAGAAAAUUCCGUUUAAAAGAAAGGAAUUAACAAAUAAAGUGGCUUGAUUAACGUUAAAAUUUGAGUUAACUCAUGAAUGCAUGGUACUCAAAGUGAUCAUAGAUAUUCAAUACAUACAUAAAUAUCUGAUUUACAAUCUAAUAGCGUCGAUUUCAUGAAAGCGAAAUCGAAAGUGUACUGUUGUAUAUUCGGACUGAAUUCUUUCGGAUACUGGGGAGUGUACACAGUCCGAAAACAUAAUACAAAAAAAUGGAAAAAGUUCAAUGUAAACGCCAAUGUACUGUAAAAAUGGCGUAACAAAAACUUUGCAACAUUUCAACCUCUUCACUGCCCGUUAAGGCAUGACGCGUGCGCUGUUGGGCUCGUUACAAAAGAAGCACAAACUGACGUUCGAAAAUCAACAAAAUGACGUUCGAAAGUCAACUGAAGCUUGGGCAGUUCCGAAAUUGGGUGAGAUCGUCGAUCGGUCUUCGUUGCUUAAAGGAUGGUCUCUUGGACUACGUUUCGACGAAGACUGAAGAACAAUAUGAAACAUUUGUGACAUACGUGAAAGGCAGAGCCAAAAUCGACACGUUCACUUGUGAAAAGUGUGAAUUAUGCAACCUUUUACCUCACCAUGCGCUAGAAAAACGGCCAUGUAACCAAAAAAAUGUCAAAUCUUGUAAUUGCAAGCGGCAGGGGGGCAGACGGAUUUGUCCUGAGGGCGGGGCUUGUGGCAUAUUCUAUGACUGUGUCAUUGAUGAACAUUCUCAAAAAGACCCAAGUUGGUGCAACACUUCAGUUGAACUCUGGUCGACUAAUAGCUUUGAAUUUUUGAAAUGUUAUAUUUCAACACCCGGAUACAAGAACAAAAUAUCUCUUUCUCAAAUAGAUGCGUCUGGGCUGUUGAGCAUAUGUCUGAACAAUAUGGGAUUGAAUGCUGCUUUCAAUAAUAUUCUUGACUUGUUAAAGAAGGUUAAAGAUUAUAGGAAUGAAAUACUUCAUUCAGGCGAUCUCAAGAUCAGUAACGAGAGGUUGAAAGAAUACCUCAACGACAUGAAAGGAAUUUUGCAACAUUCCGAACUGGAUGAAAACGAAGCUGCGCAAAGAGAACUAAAACAGCUUCAAAUGCUAGAAACCGACGAGAUUGUCAUCACAUCCCAGGAAGGUAUCAAUAUGAGAAAGGAUGCAUUAAAGGCAGUUAUUGAAAGAGAAAUCGAAUUGAAGCUUAAUCUCUCCGACGAAUAUUCAUCCUUAUCAACAGACGAUGACACGACGACUGUGAAAACGCCUUUAACCAAUGGCGACACAUCUGUUGUGAAGGCGACUUUAACAGCAGAAGAGAGGGACAAAAUAGAAAAAGAACUCGCUCAGCUAGUUUGUAUUGAAAACAAGCACUACAGGUGCAUAGAGGCUUCGCUUCAGGAAGUGGAAAAAGAGAUGCUGAGAGUAAAAGAUACUAUAAGAACGCACAGAUCAGAUUUAGAAGAAAUCAAAACGGGCCUUCUUUCUCAACAUAAUGUUUUGCGUUCUUUGUCAGAGGAACAACAGAAACAAAGUAAGGUUUUGGUGGAGACACAUACUUUGCUCGAAGAUGUUUGUGCGACAGGAAUUGAAACACAUUCUACGGCACAAGCAACUCAUAAAGUUGUCCUACAAUCAAGCAACGAUAUCAAAGAACUUACCGAACAGAUUCGACGAAUGAAUGCUCCGAAUGUCGUGCCAGAACUGAAGCUGACAGUUAACAUCUCUAACACUGACAAAAAUGGCGAAAAGCAGCUGUCACAGAGGCUCGUUGAGGUCGGUACCAGUAUCGUAAAUAUGGAGAAAAUUCCUCCUGAAAAGAAAACACAGCUUAGACAUUGUCUGAAGAUGGCAUUAAAUGAAAUUGAAAAAGAUGAAAACGAAGUUACGGCAUUGAAAGAAGAAUGUUUAGCUAUUUAUGUACGAAGCAAGUCUUUGAUAGCCUGGGCUGACCUUUGUGAAAGGUGUCUUGCAAAGGAGUUUACACAGACAUUUAGAUCAGUAGAAAGGGAAGUAAGACGCCUGACUGGUUUAAAAAACGUUGAAUUGGACGUAGUUGUCUACGAAGAGGACUUUUUGAAAUCUGUUAACGCAAUAGUCUUAGGUUCAACGAGAAGCGAAACUAUUCAGGAAAAUGAUAAUGCAAACACCAACAGAGAGGUCGAAGAAGUGAGAACUGUUCAAACGUCAUCCGGAAGAAGACGAUACCAGAUUUGCUUCACUUUUGAAUCGUCAAGUGAUUCAGAUGAAAGUUCAACCGCCAGAAGAGAGACGUCCUCAAAUGACAAUACUGUGACGGCAGAUUUCCUGGAUGGCUUAGACGAAGAUGAAGAUAAUGAAACAAAUGAAGACGAAUAUGACAAGGAUGUGAUUGAAAUGAUUGAAAUCGACACACGCAACACUAUUAUGAAAGAAUCACACAUGGGACAAGCUGAUAUUCCGAAUGAGUUGGUCUGUAAAUCAUGCAGGAAAAAGUUCCAAGCAAGUGAAGAACUUUCCGACCAUCUAUCAGAGUACUCCAAUAUCAGCCACCGUCUCUCCGAUGAGCGUUCUAAGUGGACACAAAGGUCUCCUCCUAGAGGAGUGAAACUUGAAAACUUCACUCUUUGUGAAAGGUAUUCAAAGAAGAAAGCAUGUCCGUACGGAGAUAAAUGCACUAGACCUCACACUGAUAGCGAAUUAAAAGAAUGGAAUAAGCGACUGGAAUCAAUGAGACAACUUGUUCUUCAUAUUGGAGAAAAUAUUGAGGGUCUAGCGUUGGGUUAUUCUUUGCACAAGCUUUUUAAAGAAGAAAAGCAGAUGAAAGCGACAAGGCAAGAGCUUGAUUUUGUAUUCAUCCAAUCUCUCUCUGAUUUGAAUGUACAUACCAUCACAAAGAGGUUCAAGAAUAAAUGGACGUUCAAAAUAAACAGCGAGUAUUCUCUGAAAAGUGUGUGUCUAACUGACCAGGAAGCUUCGACGUACUACAGUAUAAGUAAUAUAACAGACAGCACAGACAACCGUGACGAUUGUUACGAAAGGUUUCAACAAAAAGAUGAGUGGAAAAACCCAAAAUAUUUGUUGGACCGAGGUGUAUACAAAUAUACGAUAAAGGUUGCAUUCCAAACAGAAAUAUACGGAUCGUUUUAUCAAAACAUCAUCUUUGAUUUUGGAAAGCCGGAACUUCUUCUCAAACAGGUAGCUGUAGAAUCUGCGCCUGUGACAAGCGUUGAUGAAGUUCGUGACAAGUUUGAAAAACAGUGCGAAGGGAGAUGGCAGGAAGAAAAUGUGAACGUUAUGGAGUUCUUUGAAAGAACGGAGGAAGAUGAUAUAGGAAUCAAACUUAUGAAGCAGUAUCCGCUUAAAGAGCUCCUAUCAGAAGAAUUCCCGGAUUCUCUUAAUAGGGAAAACUACACGACAUGGAUGCACAUGAUGUUGUAUGCAGAGGAGCAGGCUGGACUGGAGGAAAUUUCAAGAUUCAAUAUCAAGACAUACUUGAUCUUGGAAGAUUGUCUUAAACCAAUUGACAACCCGACGUCUGAAACACUGUAUGCUCAAGAUGGAGAACUGUUUGCGCGAAUUUCUCUAAACGACGAGUUGUCUGUCGAUUCGAAAAUUGGAAAAAUGAUUCUGAGACAGACUCAUAUGAUAUGGAUUGCACCAGUUGCGGCUGAAAGUGGAUAUGCACAUUCAAAAAUGACGGUUUAUGAAGCCCGAAUAGAACAUAGAGAGCGUGAUUUCAUAGAUGUAGAAUUGUCCAGACAAUGCGUACAGGGACUUAGACUUAAAUGUGGACUGGAAAUACAGGUCGAGAUACAAUUUCAACUCGACCGCGUCGUAUUUUGUGAAAUGCAUCGGGCUGUGGACAACUUACAUCACCUAGACUUUGUUUUUCCGCCUCUCCUCCACACACACGAUUUUCAAAAGACAGCGUCGGUUCUAGAAAGGACAUUCGAUAACGAAGGGAUGGGAGAUCUUAAUCAAAACCAAAUUACUGCCGUGGUCAAGUCUUCCUGCACCCUAAAGAAAGUGACGCCACCGCUUCUUAUUGUUGGGCCCUACGGGACGGGAAAGACAUAUACGAUUGCACAGGCAGUGAAAUACAUCAUCACCCAAAGCAUGAAGUCUCCACAAGAACCAAAGUCUCGAGUGCUCAUAAGCACUAGUUCAAACAGCGAGGCUGACGCGUACAUCAAAGAUUACAUGCACCAGUUUGUUGAAGCUGGCAUCUCUGAAGCCCGGCCACUGAGAAUUUACUACAAGUAUCGAUGGAAACAGACUGUUCCAAAAACUGUCCUGGCUUACUGUACACUGGAAGAGAACGACGGAAAAAAGGGGACAUUUCGAUCACCAACCAAGGCCGAAGUUUCUCAACACAGGGUUAUUGUGACUACCUUGCAUACUGCAAAGCUGCUUACCUAUCUAGAUCUUCCAGAAGAUUUCUUCACGCAUAUAUUCAUCGACGAAGCAGCGCAAUCCCUGGAAUGUGACUUGCUUAUACCAAUUUCAUUGGCUGGAGCAAAAACACGGAUUAUACUUGCUGGUGAUCAUAUGCAGAUAAGCCCUGACGUUUGUUCAAAGAUUGCCCAGCAAGAACAAUUUCAGAUGUCAAUGCUAGAGCGACUUGCAGAGUAUUACCUUAUGGACAGCCCGUUUGUUGUUACUCUUGGUGACAAUUAUCGCUCUAACAAGGCUAUCAUUGACUUCACCUCAGCUCUCUUUUAUGACAGCCGUUUGAAAGCAGUCAAAAAUCCUGCACCUCAUAAGGUUUACUAUCCGCUCACUUUUUUCACUGCCAGAGGAAAAGAAAUCAUGCCUGACUUGAAGAUUGGAUAUUACAACAUGUCUGAGUUGUACGAAGUUGUUGAUCAGGUCCAACAACUUUGUAAACACUGGCCGCGAGAAUGGGGAAGGUUUGACAGAAAAAGCAUCUGUGUUGUCUCGACAUACACCAUGCAGAUAUGGUGCAUACGAGCAGAGUUGCGGAGACGAGGGAUUCACCACGUCCCAGUCGAGAUGGUUACCAACGUCCAAGGCAAACAGUUUCGUGUGAUCAUCAUGAGCACAGUUCGGACCAAGCACACCUGUUCUGUGAAUACCGCAGACAAUGAUGACUAUGAUCUCGGAUUUUUGUCGAACCUAAAGCUGUUGAACACGGUCAUUACAAGGGCACAGUCGUUGGUUAUUGCAGUUGGUGAUCCUGUUGCUCUGUGCCUCAUAGGACGCUGCAGCAAAGUAUGGGAAUAUUACCUGGAAAUAUGCAACGACCAUGGAAGCUUUUUUGGCCUGACAUGGAAACAUUUUAAGUCGUUGCUUGAAAAUACUGAGGUUGAGGAAACAUACAGGUUGAAUCCACUAGCCAAGGAGUUCGUACCAAGGACGUGGAUCGACAGCAUCCGAGUUCCUCCCAACAGUCCUGUAUCUGCGGUUGAAUCAGUCGCUCGGCCAUUAUCACAAGAAAACAAGUUUGGAGAUCUAAAGCAGCCAGCUGUGACACAUCCGUUGCAAAGCAUUGCAGUGCCACCUUGUGUAGAUCAAGCAGCAGUGGAAUUGAUAACAGAGCAAAUACCUUCAAUUGACAAUGUUCAAUUUGGACUACCUGCACCCCACGCGAAUAUGAAUGUUGUACCGUCAACAACAAUGACCGAAUCCUCGAUGUUUUCAAUACACAGCGAGAUAAACGUCGAGCAAGCGUUGCCAUUAAAAACACAGCAAGAUACCGUUUUCAAUAGAGACCCGGGCUAUAUAAGAAGUCAACGAUAUCAUGGUAUGAAUCCAGAUGCAACAUUGUUCAAACCUGGCAUUGCGAAAAUCUCACGAACCUCAAUUGAUCUUCCGCCAUCACCGGGAUCGUUUAAGAUGAACCCAGAAGCAACAGAAUUUAUUUACGAAAAGACAAACAUCGCUCAAACAUCGAUUGAUCCAUUGCCAUCACAAGGAUCUGAUAAAGGAAACUCAGAUGCGACCGAAAGUAUGCAUGGUAGUACGAACAUCCCACCAGAAUCCAUUUAUUGCUUGCCAACAUGGGAUAAGGGAAGUUUGCCUCAUUUGAACUAUCUAAAUCCUUGUGGUGGGGUUAAUCAAUUGCCGUCAACUGUUGAAGGUACCAGUGAUGCGUCGUUUGAACAACAUGCAGUGUUUCCUUCUGAGGUCGAAAAUACUGCCGAGAACCCGGAAAUCGUCCAUGACCUUUAUGGAAAAGAUAACAAUGAUUCUUUGAUUCAUUUGCUUGGAACACAAAACGACAACAAGGAAACCAAAAAGGAUCAAUUGACCACCAAGACAUUUGAGACACGAGCAGAUCAUUACAAUAUUGCAUUUUCUGAUGAGAUAACGUCCCUGAUAGAAUCAAAGUCGAGCGCCACAGGUCAUUUGCUGUCAAAAGACAAGGCCGAUCUUAAGAGGAACGACAACCCGUAUCGAGUGGAGACAAUAAGAGAGAAAGAAAGUUUCCAGUUCGAUAAUGCUGAUGGGUUUAUAAUGCGUCGUCACCGAUCGAAUCCAACCACAAGAAAUGAACAGUCCUGGUAUCGUAAAACAGACGACGCUCGCUUAGAAUCGGUCGGAAUAAAAAGUUAUGAUGAGACGCCAUCAAAGAAUUCGAGCAGAACAAAGCAAAUCGGAAAAAAAAGCGGCGUUAUUCGUUAUGUACCAAGUUUCGUAAAACCAGACACCGGUGAAUGCUCAGAAGAUUGGAUAAAAUCUAUUUUGAAUCCGUCCAUAGAUAUAUUGAAUCCAAACGUAAACAGUCCGCAAUAUCCACGACAGGCCGUGCGUUCUGGAAACAUCGGUAUUGUGAAAUCCGCGGAAAGUUUAAACAAAACUGACGAUCAGAAGGUUUUUAGAGAGGCAGAAUAUACAUCGCCAGUGCCUUCAAAAGAGAAGCCAGAAGAAGAUGGUUUUGAGAAAUUAUCUUACGCUGAAAUAGUGAAAAAGAGAGCAGAGAAGAAUCUGUGAUUUCCCAAAAAGACGGGUGGUGAUGAUUUUCAUUUUUAUUUUGCAAAAUGUCACGAGUAUGUAAUAUGAAGUUAUGCUAGGUAUACCGUAGAUCUCCUCAUACUUAGAGAUCAUUCAAAAUUAAGAUUAGAUAAGCUUACCAGUUUAGUUAUUAGUACAACUUUUACAAUACGUGUCAUAUUGAGUUGUUGUAUUGUGGUUCUAGUGAUUAAGGUUACUAUGAUAUCUGUUUACAUGGAUGUGUUUGCAAGCCCUUAUUUUACGACAUUAGUUUAAGUUCGCUAUAUUGUAUAAUCAUUUUCAUUUGACAUCAGAAACUUUACUAAGUUUUAAAGGGACUCGUUCACAGAUUUUGUGUCGGUCAAGACUUUUCAAAUUAUAAAGUCAUUUGUUAAUACAGGCAUUAAAUUAAAAGCUAGAAAAAAAAGCUCAUGAUGCCAAAUUAAAAUCAAUUGAGCUCUAAUAUGAAGUUGUGAUGAUAUUUUAAAAUUGAAACAAGCAUUUUUUUCAUAUUUCACCCGAUGUCUGAUCCUAUAAAACGUGAACAGGUACCAUUCAAUACCAAGAAUCCAUAUUAUAUUUAAUAUAUUACAGAUUAUGCUUUGUUUUUGUUGUUGUUGUUUUUUUUUUCAAAUUGAUAAAAUUAAGGUUAUAACAUCUCGGCGAAGGAAGGCGCUUGUCAUUGGCAGAUUUGAGUUCUAAGACUGUUCACAAACAUAGGCAAUGGGCUUACAUUAUCUUAUGUUUUGAGUUUGAGUCUAAGACCUGCAAAAUAUUUAAAGAAACGCAAUAUUUGUUAUCUCAUUUUUAUUCACAACAGAAAUUGAAUAAUAGUAAAGUUUGAUACUUAUAAACUUAUGACCUGUGCUAAAUAAAAUCUAUUUUUUGAAUGUUUAACUAUUAUUUACACGUUGUUAUAAAAAUAAUGGAAUUAGAUGAUGUAAUGCCAUACAAAACAAAAUUUCUUUGGACAUGAAACUGUAUGUAAAUCAAGGUCUUAAAUAUAUAUAUUUGGUUAUACGUAUGCUAUUUUAAUUCAUUUUUUUAAAUUCAUAUUUUUAUUUGUUCAGUGAAUGAAAUUUUGAAGCCUUUUGGCAUUGAUAUAAACAUAUUGACUGCCAAUCAAGCUUUUUUUUUAGUUUUAUAAACAUGUAUACCUGUUGACGUGUAUAUAAUAAUAUUAUAUUGUGAUUGCCAUAUAUCGAAAGUGUUCGAAUAUAAUACAUUUUAAAUACGUUUUAAAGCUGCAUGCUUUUAUUUGAUUUUAUUAUUUGAUUUUACUCUCAUGUAUGUUCACCGCUGACAUAGUCAUAUCGAAGAGUUGACAGAGACAAUUUAGAUUUUAAAAGAGUAAUUAUUGCUGUUAUUGGACAUCUUCAUCAAACAUAAUUUUGGCUACUUUUAUAUGUAAAAACGUUUGCGAACUAAUAAAUAAUGUAGAAGUGUUAUAAAUGGGUUGAAAAAGUGAUACUUUGUUAAUGAUAUGAUUUCAUUGGAUGUUGCUGUUUAUCGAAAUGGUGCUGAUUAUUUUUGUUGCAAACUUGUUUGAUUGUUUGGUUAAGAAUAUUGCAAAUAUGAAAUUCAUAGAAACAAUGUUUUAAAGUAAUUGAACUCGUCUCGUCUUUGUCAAUACUUUAAUCAUGGCUCGUGAUUCCCUAAAUGUUUGAUAUAUUUUGAAUUGAUAUUGCUUGCUUAUUAAUAACUUGUAAACUAAAUGAUAUGCACAAUUGAUACAAAUGUUAAAGCUUGUAUCGAAACUCGAGCGUCAUUUGACCUAUUUUUUUGCAAUAUAUUUGAAGGUCAAAUACGCAUGUUUAUAAUAUGAUUAAUAUAUAUUUUUUCCUUAUCAGAAUGUGCUGUGUCUAUAUCUUCGAUAGAACAGAGAAUGCAAGAGCUGUUCAAGAAAUAUGUGGAUUUUCUCCCCUCUCCUUCGAAAUAGAGGGGGUAUAUUGCUUUGUACAUGUCGUUUGAUCCUCAAACUUGAUUUGGAGGUUGAGCGUGUCCAGUAGAUGAACCAUAUUGUCUUUGAGAUCAUUGGCUUAAUGGUCAAGGUCACUUUGACCUUGAAUGCAAAAAUGUUUGUCCUAGUGAUAACUCGACAAUGCCUAGACAUAUUGUUCUCAAACUUAAUCUGGAGUUGGGCAUGACCAGUAGAUGACCCCUAUUAGUUCUGAGGAUAUUGACUCUAUGGUCAAGGUCACAGUAAUCUUAAAUGCAAAAAGCUUGACCGAGUGAUAACAAGACAAUGCAAACAUAAUCAUAUGAUCCUUAAACUUGACAAAUAGGUUGUGUGUGACCAGUUUAUGACCCUUAAUGAUCUUGAACGCGAACAAUAAUGUCCGAGAGAUAACUUGACAAUGCACACACCGACUCAAACUUGAAAUAGAGACUGGGCAUUGCUAGUAGAUGACCCUUACUGAUUUUGAGUUCAUCAGGUCAAAUCAGCUGGCACUUCGGUCUAUGCAUAUUUUAUUCAAUUGACCAAAUAUUCCUGACAACAUUGCGCGCAGGGUACAUACUGUUUCAGAGAUCUCUUGUGUUUAUUUUAUUUAAACACAAUACUUGAAAUCGUGAUAUUUGUCAGUGAUUCUGCUUAUCAUAUGCAAUGUUUCCUUUUGGUACACAACCUUUCAUGUAAUUUUUAAUUGUCAUUAACAUGGAGGUAAGUAAGUUGGUGCAACCAAAUUGACGUCAAGCGAUUAAUGCAGCAUUAAAUAUUUAAAGUAGUUUAAGUUUACAAUGUAUAUUGUUUUGAUUUUUUAUGUCUCCCCCUCUCUGGGGGAGACAUAUUGUUUUUGCCCUGUCCGUCAGUCCGGUAGUCCGUCAGUCCGUCAGUCCGUCCGUACGUCACACUUCGUUUCCGAUCGAUAACUGGAAAACCGCAUGACCUAGGAUCACCAAACUUGGUAGGGAGGUUGGUCGUGAGGUGUAGAGGAUCCCUAUUGUUUUUGGGGUCACUAGGUCAAAGGUCAAGGUCGCGGCGACCCCCAAUAUAAAAAACAUUUCUGCUCAAAAUCUUGAGAACGGUUUGACCUAGGUUCACCAAACUUGGUAGGGAGGUUGGUCAUGAGGUGUAGAAGAUCCCUAUUGUUUUUGGGGUCACUAGGUCAAAGGUCAAGGUCGCGGCGACCCCCAAUGUAAAAAACAUUUCCGCUCAAUAUCUUGAGAAUGGUUUGACCUAGGUUCACCAAACUUGGUAGGGAGGUUGAUCAUGAGGUUUAGAAAACUCCUAUAUUUUGGGGGGUCACAAGGUCAAAGGUCAACGUCGCUGUGACCUCUAAUGUAAAAAAAUAUUUCCGUGCAAUAUCAGGAGAAUGCUUUGAUCUAGGUUCACCAAACUUUGAAGUGAGGUUGGUCAUGAUGUCUAGAUGAUCCCAAUUGUUUUGGGGGUAACAAGGUCAAUAGUCAAGGUCGUGGUGACCUUCCAUGUAAAAAUCAUUUGCGUGUAAUAUCUUUAUGUCUCCCCCAUUCAUGGGGAGACAUAUUGUUUUUGCCCUGUCCGUCAGUCAGUCCAUCAGUCUGUCAGUCAGUCAGUCAGUACGUCACACUUCGUUUCCGCCCAACAACUAUAGAACUCUUAGACCCAGGAACUUCAUACUUGGUAUGCUAGUUGGUCAUGACUAGUAGAUGACCCCUAUUGAAUUUGGGGUCACUAGGUCAAAGAUCAGGGUCAACGUGACCUUGAGGUGAAGAAACGGUUUCCACUCAAUAACUAAAGAUCCUUUGGGUCCAGGAACUUCAUACUUGGUAUGCUAGUUGUUCAUGACUAUUAGAUGACUCCUAUUGAGAUCAAAAGGUCAAAGGUCAAGGUUACCUUCAGGUAAAAAAUGUUAUGUUGGCAGUGACCUUAAGCUUAAAAAUGGUUUCUGCUCAAUAACUAAAGAAAGCUUGUACCCAGGAACUUCAUAGUUGUUCAUGACUAGUAGAUGACUCCUAUUGAUUUUGAGAUCAGUAGGUCAAUGGUCAAGGUCACCGUGACCUUGAGGUGAAGAAACUGUUUCCGCUCAAUAACUACAGAACGCUUGCAACCAGGAAUUUCAUACUUGGUAUGCUAGUUGGUCAUGACUAGAAGAUGACCCAUAUUGAUUUUGAGAUCACUAGGUCAAAGGUCAAGGUUGCCAUGACCUUGAAGUGAAGAAAAAGUUUCCGCUCAAUAACUAAAGAUCCUUUGGUUUCAGGAACUUCAUACUUGGUAAGCUAGUUGUUCAUGACUAGAAGAUGACCCCUAUUGAUUUUCAGAUCAAAAGGUCAAAGGUCAAGGUUACCUUCAGGUAAAAAAUGAUACGUUGGCGGUGACCUUAAGCUUAAAAAUGGUUUCUGCUCAAUAACUUAAGAACGCUUGUACCCAGGAACUUCAUUCUUGGUACGCUUGUCGGUCAUGGCUAGUAGAUGACCCCUAUUGAUUUUGAGAUCAGUAGGUCAAAGGUCAAGGUUGCCAUGACCUUGAGUUGAAGAAAUGGUUACCGCUCAGUAACUAAAGAACACUUGCACCCAAGAACUUAAUACUUGGUAUGCAAGUUGGUUAUGUAGAUGAUCCCUAUUGAUGUUGUGAUCAGUAGGUAAAAGGUCAUGGUCACGAUGACUGUGAGCUGAAAAAUGGUUUCCGAUCAAUAAUUGAAUAACGCUUGCGCCCAGGAACUUCAUACAAUGCAAACUUCGUUUACAUUUUCCAUGAUUAAUCAACAACACUUUCUUCUCUUCACUAUUUAAUAUAAUCGAAUAAACCAAACUUCACUGUUGGUUUGUCUCCAGUCCAAAGUUACAAAUUUCAUGUCCAUCAUUUAUUUUUUCUCAGCUACGACCACACAAUAGGGGAGACAAGCGCUUUUUCAAAAAAGCAAUCUCUAGUUUUUUGUUUUUUUUUAUUAUUGAACUUAGACAUCAUUACCAUAUAAGAGUAACAAUCAAAUGAAUUCAGGAUAAAUAAGAUUUUGAUAACGCAAAAGUGUUAGACCAUUAUCAAGUCUCGUGAUAGUAAGUGGUGAUCUAUUUUCUUGUUUGAAUAGCUAUAUUACAGAUAUGAUUGGUAAAAGUUAUAUACUAUAAGAUUUGUCAUAUUAAUAAGUGAAUGUACUGUUGAUCAAUGAAUCGCAGACAUAAACUGUUCCACGUUCAGGAUCUACAUAAAUCAAUGUAUCUUUCGUUUAUUGUAUUCUGUAUGCAGGUAAUGUAAUUUUACAAUUUAUCAAAUAUCUUAUAUCUUAUGUGCCUUUACAGUCAAGGAUAAGAAGUAUUAUGUCAGAUCUCCAAAAACAUUCAUUUCAUUUCGUGAUAAAACACGUUUGAUGAUAUCAGUAAAUAGGUAUCUUUUAUUUCAAUAUUUUUUUAGUUUAAAAUUGCCAUGUUGAUAAUUGUUUACGUUGUGCGAAAUCAACCAUAUCAUGAGAUCACCAUACUUGUAUUUAUUUUUGAAGGUAAAUCAAUAUCUUGAAAUUUCAAAGAUAUAUUAUGUUGUAUGUUAUGAAGAAAAAUAUUAUGUUAGAUUGAAAACAUGAUAAAUGAUGUUUUAUAUUUCAUCUUAUUAACCCUAUGUGGAUAAUGAAAAUGUGUGUACGUUAUUUUAUACGAGAAAAUAUACACUUAUGUGUUAUA